AAACAUAAUUAGGUUUUAAUCCCAUUUGGGAGGAAUCAACUGAAUUCAUAAUCCGAUUGCCGGAUAUGGCGUUCAUAUACUUUGCGGUUAGAGAUAAUUUGACGACAGAUAGUGAUGUAAUUCUAGGCCAAUAUAUGCUCGCAUUCCCGGCUAUUAUGGAAGGCUAUCGUACCGUCAAUUUGGUGGACAGCGAUAAUCGGUCCUUAAGUCCGGCCUCUCUUUUAGUACACAUCGCUUUCAAAGAUGUCGGCGAUUACUGGAGUCCUGAAUAGAUAUUAUCUAAAUAUCAGUUACUGUAUAUUCGUUGGACAUUGUAUUCAAUUAUU